CACGUUUGGAAUUCGGUCAUUUCGUCUGGCGGCUUCUUCGAGAUUGUUUCGAAAGCACGUGGACACGUGCUCCGAGAAUCUCCUCAGAAUUAACGAGUUACUAAGGGGUGUUUCGAAUCUACAAUUAAAAAAUCGUGUCAAAAUUAUGGCGGAUUACGUAUUAGGCAAUACAAAACCGGCGGACGUGCCGCUACCGGAUGAUGGUUUGUCAGCCGAGCAGCUAUUCUCCGCGGGUGAUGGUCUAACUUACAACGACUUCAUCAUUUUACCGGGCUACAUAGAUUUUACGGCGGACGAGGUCGAUCUGUUGUCACCGUUAACUAGAAAAAUCAUGCUGAAAGCGCCGCUCGUGUCCUCCCCUAUGGACACUGUUACGGAAUCGGACAUGGCUAUCGCUAUGGCCCUCUCCGGCGGAAUCGGGAUAAUACAUCACAAUUGUAACGGCGAGUAUCAAGCCAAUGAAGUGCACAAGGUAAAGAAAUACAAGCAUGGUUUUAUUAGAGACCCAGUUGUGUUGGCGCCACAUCAUACAGUUAAUGAUGUUUUAAAUGUGAAAGCUGAACAUGGGUUUAGCGGAGUGCCUGUCACAGAUACUGGUAAAGUUGGUGGUAAAUUGCUAGGCAUCGUCACUUCUAGGGAUAUCGAUUUCCUCGAACGUUUGCCCAAUUAUCAACUUAAAACACUUAAUUCGAUAAUGACGACUUUAGAAAAUCUAAUCACUGCACCAGCUGGUGUAACAUUGCAAGAGGCAAAUGUUAUUUUGGAAAAAUCAAAAAAGGGAAAGCUUCCCAUUGUGAACGAUCGAGGUGAACUCGUAUCUCUGAUGGCAAGAACUGACUUGAAAAAGAAUCGUAGCUAUCCAAGUGCUAGCAAAGACGAAAAUAAACAGUUGCUGGUAGGUGCCGCGAUAGGAACUCGCGAGACUGACAAACAACGAUUGGAACUGCUUGUAGCGGCUGGCGUGGAUGUAGUAGUAUUGGAUUCAUCGCAAGGCAAUUCUUUGUAUCAAAUCGACAUGAUUAAGUAUAUUAAGUCGCAAUAUCCAAGUCUGCAAGUGAUUGCUGGCAAUGUAGUGACUACAAAGCAAGCUAAGAAUCUUAUAGAGGCGGGAGCGGAUGCGUUACGUGUUGGAAUGGGUUCUGGAUCUAUCUGCAUAACGCAAGAAGUAAUGGCUGUUGGACGACCGCAGGCGACGGCCGUUUAUAAGGUCUCCGAAUACGCUAGAAAAUUUGGAAUACCGGUCAUAGCAGACGGUGGUAUUCAAUGGAUCGGGCACAUUAUUAAAGGUCUCAGUUUAGGCGCUAGUACAGUCAUGAUGGGUUCUCUGUUGGCUGGAACAUCUGAAGCUCCGGGCGAAUAUUUCUUUAGCGACGGAGUUCGUCUUAAAAAGUACAGAGGCAUGGGUUCUUUAGAGGCCAUGGAUAGAAAGGACGCCAAAGGUUCGGCAAUGGAUAGAUAUUUUCAUAACGAGAUGGACAAAUUAAAGGUAGCUCAAGGUGUCAGUGGCUCUAUAGUCGAUAAAGGUUCAGUACUUAAAUUUUCGCCUUAUUUAACCUGUGGUAUCAAGCAUGCGUGUCAAGAUAUCGGUGCACAAUCACUUACUGCCUUGCGAUCUAUGAUGUAUAGAGGGAUAUUAAGGUUUGAAAGGAGAACGCAUUCUGCUCAACAAGAGGGCAAUGUACACAGCUUAUUCUCCUACGAGAAGAGGCUCUUUUAAUUGUAAAGUAAAAUAAGAAAUUGUAAAACACGUGUCACACAUGGAGAAAGGUACCUGCAUUUAAUCAAGUAGCAGUUAUUUUACAAGAUAAACUUGCGAGAAAUCGCGUUUUUUUUUUUUUAUGCAAACGAAGUAUUUCUCACUUGUAUUUGAAAAUGAAUUAUUUACUUCAAAAAAAUUUCCAAUGAGUAGAAAAAUGACAUUGAGUCACUUAUAAGAGUUUUAUACGUACUUAUUAAUGAAUGGCAUAUCUUUACAUAACGCUUUUUGAAUUUGAAUGUACAUUUUACAAUUCAGUGAGUGAUAAGUGAAAUCAGAUAGCUUAAUAUAACUUUUGUUAUCUGACAUAUCAAUAUUUGAGUAACUUAUAUAUAAUGUUGAUACUAGGUAUAAAUGGUUUUUUAUUUGAUCAAAUGUAUCCAGCCAUUAUAUUGUAUAUAAACAUUAACAGAUAUAUCUGCAAAAUAAUAUUAGCAUGAAUAAAUGCCAAAACAGGGCAUCACUUUCUACACGUAAUUUAUAUGGUUUAGUUAACUGACUCGCUUGUUCAUAGCUCGACUCGUUAUUUUAUAAUUGAAUAUAAUUUACAUACUCUUUCAUACUUCUUUUUUCAUACUUUUUAGUAAAUCUGUUUUAACUUUUCCCAAAAUAGAGAUUUAAAGCUAAAACGCUUAUAAUGAUUAAUAAUUUAUAUAAGUUAUUAAUCUAAUAAUAUUAAAUUGAAUCACACACAUUUGAAACCUCUUGUCAAAAAUAUCGAUUUUUAACCAAUAUAUUCUUAACAGUAAAACAGUAUAAACAGUAUUCUUGUAGAGUAAACUGUAUAUUUUAAAUAAAAGCCAUUUGAUGUUA